AUGUCAAUUGUUAGAGCAACUCUUGGAUUGGAACUCGGGGAUGAAGAUAUGAAGCUCCUUGGGGAAAAAGGGGUGAUCCCUCCUCUGCUUGAGAUGGCAUCUGGAAAUAUUGAAUCAAAAGAACUGUCAUUAUCUGCACUUGUGAAACUAUCAAGUUUUUAUGGCAAUAAGAUACUUAUAGCUGAGGCUGGAGGUGUUCCUAUCAUUUUAAAGCUAAUGAUUUCAUCUCAUGUACGUUCAGUUAUUAUCGCUAAGUGCUGUGAAGUUCUUGCUAAUCUUUCUGGCAAUGGUGAUGGAGUUAAGUUCUUGAUUGAUGAAACUGGAAACCAGCUUGUACUAGAGCCUGUAAUCGCAUACUUGCUCGCUUUUCAACAGAAUCUCACAUCCUCGGACAUUGUUCGUAGGCAUGCUUUGCGUGCACUAUUAGGAAUCUGUCAAUCUGAAGCUGGACUUGUCAAGUCAGCAGUUCUCUCUGCCGGUGGUGUUUCAGUGGUCCUUCCCCUUCUCGAUGAUUUGAACCAGGAAAUAAGAGAAACAGCAAUAAAUCUUCUUUUCCUUUUCUCACAGCACGAGCCAGAGGGGGUCGUUGAGUAUCUUCUUAAGCCAAGAAGGCUUGAGGCUUUAGUUGGUUUUCUUGAGAAUGAUAACAAAGGUGAUGUGCAGAUGGCUGCAGCCGGUUUACUGGCCAACCUUCCGAAAUCAGAAACUUCACUCAGAGAGAAACUCAUUGAAUUAGGUGGACUGAAAGCCAUUGUUAACAUCUUAAAAACCGGAACAAUGGAAGCUAAGGAAAAUGCUCUCAGUGCCCUCUUCAGGUUCACAGAUCCAACAAACCUCGAGUCUCAACGUAAUGUGGUUGAACUUGGAACAUAUCCUGUACUUGUAAAUAUUCUCAAAGCUAAUUCAAUAACAGCAGAAGCAAGAGCAGCAGCACUCUUAACUGAUCUAUCAAUGCGAAGUCAUGAACUCAGUGUCGGAUCCAAGAAAGCUUCUUGUUUCUGUAUUGGCCGAGCACGUGCUCCUAUCUGUCCUGCACACGGGGGUGCCUGUAGUGUGAGCAAAACAUUUUGUCUGUUAGAGGCAAAUGCAUUGCCUGAUCUGGUUAAACUUUUAAAAGAAAAGAUACACGCCACGUCCUAUGAGGCAAUUCAAACGCUCUCUACUUUGGUUCGAGAAGAGUCUCCUCAUAGAGGAGCCUAUGUGCUGCACAAGGAGGAUGCGAUUUCACCAACAAUAGAAGUUCUAAACUGGGGAUCAGAAUCUUUGAAAGGUGAAGCUUUAGGGCUGCUGGAAAAAGUAUUUAUGUCAAGGGAAAUGGUUGAUCUCUACGGGCCAACUGCUCGACUACAUCUUGCGCGUUUAACAGGAG